GCCAACUGUCAAGUGUCAAAAAUAAAUCAAAUGCAAAAUUACUAAUACAAUAUUUGGGCGUACCAUUUAAAGAGUUUCAUUAAACAAAUCCUUUAAAUCUAAUAUCAGUAAUGGAGCUCCAAGAUACCUAUUACAACAAAUCGGAAUACGUUGAAACUGCAUCUGGGAAUAAAGUUAGUCGGCAAACAGUUCUCUGCGGAUCUCAGAACAUUGUUUUACAUGGAAAGGUUAUUGUUCAAAGUGAUGCCAUUAUAAGAGGAGAUCUGGCGAAUGUAAAAACUGGCAGGUUUUGUAUUAUAAGUAAAGGAUCUGUCAUACGUCCACCCUUCAAGAAAUUUAGCAAAGGAGUAGCAUUCUUCCCACUUCAAAUGGGUGACCAUGUAUUUGUCGGUGAAAAUACAGUUGUAAAUGCAGCAGUUGUUGGCUCCUAUGUGUAUAUUGGUAAAAAUGUAGUCAUAGGUCGCAGAUGUGUAUUAAAAGACUGCUGUAUGAUUGAGGACAAUUCAGUGUUGCCAGCAGAAACAGUUGUACCUUCAUUUGCUAGAUAUUCAGGGAGCCCAGCACGUCAUAUAACAACAUUACCAGAAGCCAUGCCAGAUCUUAUGACAGAGUUUACAAAGAGUUAUUACCAACACUUUGUUUCAAUAACAGCUAAUUGAUAAAUAUGAUUGAUAUAAAUGUGAAGCAAAAAAUAUUUAUUUAUUAAUAGGAAGACUAUUUCAUGAUUAUUGCUUUAUUUCAUUUUUCAAGUCAUGUAACUUCUAAUUUUGCACUAAAGAUAAGCUGAUUAAAUAAUUUAUUUAUUGGA